GCUGGUUGCACAGCAGCGUCCACUCUGAGCUCCCCUUCUCCCAUCAUGUGGCUUUCAUUCUGAGCUCUGGGAUUUCUGCACACCUCCCACAAACACCCCUCUCUCGUCAUUCCCACCCCCAUGUUACUCUCUCCCAUGGCUCUCUAAUAUCACAAUCGACGGAGCACUUUUACACUAAAGCCAGGAUGGACACGCUGCCGGUCUUCACCGCGGGGAGCGAAGCCACAGGAGACACCACAGAAGUGGUGGGCUUCAGCAAGCCCCUGCACCGCUUAAUGAGGGCAGAUCCCAAGAGCAUCGGGGUUGCCAUGAUGAUCCUGGGAGGCUCGCAACUCAUAACUGGAAUACCAAUGAUGCUCGACAUCAUGGGGAACAACGCGGUGUACGGGGGGCUGUGGCUCGGGACUGUGGUCUGUGGCCAGCUCUCACCCAUUCCACAUGCCCAUGUCUGGCAUGCACUAGCGAGUCUGCCCCUCCCCCCCAUCCCACUGCAGAAACAUCUGUCUGCAUGCUGCAAAUGUACAGCUUCCUCCCUGUCAUCUGAUUGCCCGUCAAAAAAGCUGGUCACUGCCAACCUGGCCCUGAGCAUCGCCUCUUUAAUCACUGGAGCACUGGCUUUCAUGAUUAAUCUCUCCACUUUCAUCAAUCAACAUAGAGAAGACAUCUAUUACUAUGAUUACGACAUCAAUUACAGCAACCUGACAAACAUUGAUGAAAUCUGGAGUACAUUCCAUAAGAACCAGGUGUCGUGCAUGGAGGGUAUCUGGCUCCUUCACUGCUUUGUGGGCGGCGUGAUCCUGAUCGUGAUGACGGCGUUUUCCAGAGCCGCUCUGAGGUCCACCAAAACACAGGCGACUGUCAUAAUGUACAAUCGACCAUCAGCGUAAGUCUGGACGGCUGGAAAAACUGUGAAAAACAGAAUCAGUGCAGAUGGAUGGAUUCCCUGAUUUAAGCUUUAGAAGUUAUAUUUUGAUACUGAAGUUAGGUGUUAAACCUCCUUGUCCCAGAAAAUGGUCAGAGAAACUGAACUUCUGCUCCAGUACGGUAAUGUGGGAUCCAUGGAUUCCUGGUGUUCUAGGGAACUUGGUCCGGUCCAGCAUCAGCUUGAGGUUAUACUUUAAAAACACAGUAUUAUGCCAUAAGAUGUGCUGUACUGAAAUAUACACAAAAUACUUCUAGAAAUCAAGGUUGGAUUGAAGUUUACCUGUACAAAGCAUAGCUGUAUAGUGUUAACUCAGCAUAUUAAAAUAGUAUUAAUAACCUUUUAAAAAGUAACUUCUGGUUUUUAAAGCACCGUAUAAUAUGUUGCCCCCCCCCCCCCCUGGAAUUUACUUUGCAUUUAUGGAUCAAAUUUAAUGCAUGCAAACUAACAAAAUACCUAACAGACCACAUGUAAGGAAGACAUGUAACUUUUUUUAUGUAUGUGUUUGUCUAUAAUAAACAUAAUAAACACAGAUACAUACAUUGUA